CCCGCUGCCUGAACUUUUGGUAUUAAGCGAAGCAGAAAAACAAGAUAAAUAAAUAAAUAAAUAAAAACUUAUAAUUCUUGGAACCCUAAAUUGUCAAAAAUCGGUUUCUCUUCCUCUGACACUUGACUUGUCAAAAUAAUUUUUAUGACAAUAAGCCCUUCUAUUCAUUCUUUCAUUUUAAUUGAAAUAAGAAGACAAAGAAUCUCCCAUGGCUACUGAAGCCACUGCAUCCAAAUUCCAAAACCCUGAUUUCCGUCCUGAAUUUCAUCCUGAAAUAUCGGUGAUGACAGCCCACGACGGCUUGCAUUUCUGGCAAUUCAUGAUUGCUGGUUCCAUCGCUGGUUCAAUCGAGCACAUGGCCAUGUUCCCUGUCGACACAAUCAAAACUCAUAUGCAAGCCCUCGGUUCUUGCCCAAUUAAAUCUGUCAGUGUAACCCACGCCCUCCGCUCCAUUCUUCAAACCGAAGGCCCCUCCGCCCUCUACAGAGGUAUUGCCGCCAUGGGACUUGGCGCCGGUCCUGCCCACGCUGUCUAUUUUUCUGUCUAUGAAGUAUGCAAGAAAUAUUUCUCUGGUAAUAAUCCCAAUAAUUCAAUAGCUCACGCGAUGUCUGGCGUGUGCGCUACAGUUGCAAGCGACGCGGUAUUUACGCCUAUGGAUAUGGUGAAGCAGAGAUUACAGUUGGGGAAUAAUACAUACAAAGGGGUGUGGGAUUGUAUUAAAAAGGUAUUGAAAGAAGAAGGGAUUGGUGCAUUUUAUGCAUCUUAUAGGACUACCGUUUUGAUGAAUGCUCCAUUUACAGCUGUUCAUUUUGCUACUUAUGAGGCUACUAAAAGAGGUUUGAUGGAGAUUUCUCCUGAUAGCGCUAACGAUGAGCGUUUGGUUGUUCAUGCUACUGCUGGAGCUGCUGCUGGUGCUCUUGCUGCUGCCAUCACUACUCCUCUUGAUGUUGUUAAAACUCAGUUGCAGUGUCAGGGUGUUUGUGGGUGCGACAGAUUUAAAAGUGGUUCAAUUGGAGAUGUUAUUCGGGCAAUAGUGGAAAAGGAUGGUUAUAGAGGGCUCAUGAGGGGUUGGAUUCCAAGGAUGCUUUUCCAUGCUCCUGCUGCUGCAAUUUGCUGGUCUACUUAUGAAGCUGCAAAAGUCUUCUUUCAGGAACUGAAUGAUAACAGUAACAGUGGCACUGUUACCUGAAUGCAGCGAAAAAGGCAUAUGUAAUUUAUCAGUUGCAUCACAAAUAAUGGUCUGCAAGUAACAAGAUAUUAGCCUCACACGAGGGGUGGUAAGCUAGGCACAUGAACCAUCUUUCCAGUCUCAUCCCUGUUUAUUUGUUAGUCAUCAGAAGUCAAAUUGAUUAAUCAGAUCAGGAUUAGUUAUGUUGUACACAUUAUUGUUUCAUAAUUUUUUUGAUAAGUGCUUUAUGUUUUGAAGUUUAUCGCACUGUGGGUUGAGUGAAACCCCAUACAGUCCUGUGCAAUUGUUUUUUCUAUUGAAGAAAUUCUGAGCUUUGCAAUGAAAUGAUACAAAGAUUAUCACCAGCGCAGAAAAAAUGAGCUUCUGUUAUUGUGACUGUAGCAAAGAUUUUUUGUCAUUCUGAUAACCUCAAGGCUGGAUGAUUCAUAAUGGCAGAGUUUGUCAUCAGGGCAGGAAAAUACGAAAGCCGUAAAGAGAACAUCUGGAUACUGGCUUUCUGCUGAAGUCUCAUCUAUUUUGGUAUCUAGUUGAUGGGGUUAUUGUUUAUACCUAUUCAAAACUGCAACUUGGAGCCACUUUUAUCACAUAAGGUUAGUUUAGAAUUGUUGUAUUAGCUACUAUUUUCGAAUUUAAUAUUUAAAUGGCUUAAUUACCAAUUAAAACCUGAA